AUGGAGGAUGAAAAUGGACUUGAGCUUAGCUUGGGUCUAUCUUGUGGUGGAUCUGCUGCCAAAUUCAAGGGUAAAAUCGGUGCUCCCUCGAAUACUAAAGCAGAAGAAGGUGAUAGAGGCAGCAAACUAGUGGAUGAUUUUAAGGACUUUCUUCAUGGUGGGGCUCAGAAACAAGACUCAAGUAGUAGCUCUCAAAGAAGUGAUUCAUUGAUACCUAAGGAAAACUUCUUUAAUGACCUUUCCAAGGCCAAUGUUGAUGCAGAUGCAUCAAUCAACUUGAACGGGAGAGGAGUCUGGGUUGCCAACAAUAACAAGUCUGAUGAAUUAGAAGAGGAAAAACGGUCAGAGGCUGGAAACAAACGCAAGAGUUUGUUCGACGAGAUGAACCAUCAAAAGAAGCAUGAGAGAGAAACUCAUUACACUGAUAUGCAUGACAAGACGAGAACAUCACACAUUUCCAUAACAGAGGAUGGCUCAACUGUUGAAAAUGAAGACGUGGCAGAUUCUGAAGUGGAGGGUUCAUCCUCAGUGCUGAUUUCCCAACAUGAUGAGGGAUCUAAGCGAUUUGUUGGAUCCGGUGACUCUUCCGAAGCUCAGAAGGAGGUUCGCCGGUUUGCUGAAUCAAGUGUUGUGGACCUAAAUGGGCAGAAGAGGUUUAAUAUUUCAGCUGAAAAUAAGCUUGGGAACAUGGCAUAUGGCAGUCCAUUCUCGGUGCAAUCAGUAAACAUGAUGAACAUGCCUUACUCUCUUCCUAUGAAGGAGUCUAGCUCUGUUGGUGCCACCAGCACAUCGGGCCAUCCGAUGCAUGGAAUGAUGCAGGUGAUGCCUACUGUGACUAGUGAGCGAUCAGGGACUCAACCUGUGAAUCCUGGAAACUUGCCAGUGUUGUUUGGCUAUUCACCAGUCCAGCUCCCAAUGUUGGAUAAGGAUAAUUCUUGGGGUUUGGUUCCUCACACUCAACAAUUCCAUCCUUCCUAUGCUGGCAGAAAUCCACCAAACUCAGCUGGGAUGCAAGUAAUUUCACAUAAUUCAUCUGACGUAGCACAAUAUGAUGGGAGGAUGUUAGAACGUGGCAGAGGCGAUGGCAAACAGAAUGUCACUGAAGAGGGCUCCUCUUCUCAGGCGGAAGAAGACAUGAAAGUAAGCAGCACGAACCUCAGGAUAAAAGAUGCACCUGACCGCUCAACGGCAGAGGAUUUCUCACUUGAUUUUUCAGCUAUAAAACCAGGUAUUGCUGCAGACAUAAAAUUUGGGGGAUCUGGUUCCCGCCCAAAUCUGCCAUGGGUUUCUACCAAAGGUCCAGGCCCAAACGGCAGGACAAUUUCUGGUGUUACUUACAGAUACGGGGCAAACCAAAUCAGGAUAGUUUGUGCUUGCCAUAGUUUGCACAUGUCCCCCGAAGAGUUUGUUCGUCAUGCAAGCGAAGAACCUUCUAAUCCCGAAAGUGGCACUGGUAUGGCGACGUUUCCAAAUGGCAAUCCUGCGGCCUCUGCACAGAGCUGA